GACGAGGAGGUGGAGGAGGAGAAGAAGAAGGAGAAAGAUUAUGAGAAAGAAGUGGAAGUGGAAGAGAGGAGGGAAGAGGAGGACGAGGAGGAGGAGGAGGAGCAGAAGGAAGAGAAGGCCGAGGAUGCUAGAGAAGAGGGUACGGAGACUCUAGCAGCCUUUCCAGAAGCCUGUGACAGACGCCAAAUGCUGCGUUGCUUCAAGACAACUCUGGCAAGGAGUUUGGCCGAAGCAUACCCGAAUCAAGGUCCAGUCCACGAUCUGCUUCAAGUAGCCAGUCUCGUGGAUCCACGAUUUAAGGCCAAAAUUCAGGAGGACGAUCCCCAUGCGGUGAAGCUACUUAAGGCCAAGGUGAGAAUCCUUCGUGCUCUAUGCGUAGGGGGGCCAUGA